AUACCGACGUCGGUCAGCCAGUCCAAGGGGUGUUGACAUAAACGGGUACCACAGUAGUAUGGACUUUGCAGUCUCCGCUCUGCUCAGCUCCUCCUGACGAAAAUGUGUCUCCUUAAUUCCCUAUGCCGAGAAGGAAAUACAGGAGAGCGUUCCCAUAAAAGAUAAAACCCCUUGUGUGUGUGUGUGUGUGUGUGUGUGUGUGUGUGUGUGUGUGUGUGUGUGUGUGUGUGUGUGUGUGUUCUUGUAUUUCUAUCCUUGUUGAGACAUCAACAAGGAAAAGUACCUUCCAUAUGAGGACCGGUGAACAAGUUAGGACAUAAAUCAUGGUCCCAAUACGGAAAACCAUUGCAUCUAAUAGAGAAUGUCUCAUUUGCACCCCUGGUGGUGAAAUCUAUCAAAAUCUAUCGGGUGGUUCCGAAAAGGAAGAAUUUUUCAAAUUGACUGUGUGUCGCUUUUAAAAGUGCUUCCCUCUGGUCAACAUAUGAAAUAACAAGUGUGUGUAAAAAUUUGAAGUGCUCCCCCUCUGGCCAACAUAUGUAAUAACAAGUGUGUGUAAGAAAUUGAAAUGCGCCCCGUUUGGCCAAAAUUUAUUUUCCAUCCAUCCAUUUUCUACCGCUUAUUCCCUUCGGGGUCACGGGGGGCGCUGGAGCCUAUCUCAGCUACAAUCGGGCGGAAGGCGGGGUACACCCUGGACAAGUCGCCACCUCAUCACAGGGCCAACACAGAUAGACAGACAACAUUCACACUCACAUUCACACACUAGGGCCAAUUUAGUGUUGCCAAUCAACCUAUCCCCAGGUGCAUGUCUUUGGAGGUGGGAGGAUGCCGGAGUACCCAGAGGGAACCCACGCAGUCACGGGGAGAACAUGCAAACUCCACACAGAAAGAUCCCAAGCCGGGGAUUGAACCCAGGACUACUCAGGGCCUUCGUAUUGUGAGGCAGACGCACUAACCCCUCUUCCACCGUGCUGCCCAAAAAAAUAUAUAUAUAUAGGCUCCAGCGACCCCAAAAGGGACAAGCGGUAGAAAAUGGAUGGAUGUAUAAAAUAUGUAAAUAGAGACAUACUGUAAUAACUUGAAGUAAAUAAUGAAGAUUAAAAAUCAAUUACAAACAAAAAAAUUAAAAAAUAUAACUAACUUGGAAAUUAACUAAAAGCUUACCUUUUUUAUAUUUGCAUAGUUUGUAUAUAUUAUUGAUGUUGUAAAUACAAAUCUUUAUAUAUCUACAAAGGGUGGUCCUAAACAGGUAGGCUUUUUUUUUCCCGGAGGUCUCAAGAAGGUAACAAAUACAAGAGUGUGUGCGUGCGUUCGUGCGUGCGUGCGUGCGUGCGUGCGUGCGUGCGUGCGUGCGUGUGUGUGUGUGUGUGUGUGUGUUUAAUUUCAAAUGUGUGUACUUUAUAGUGUGUGGUGAUUAAAGACUUGUUUGGGGUCGAGAGCGGUACCAGUCAUCUCAACCAAAAGGGUCUGUAAAAAAAAAAAAAAAAAAAACCUCCUCCAGUUCUCACAGUGCAGAUAGCAGCUAUCUAUCUCCUCUUAGGCAAACCACAUCCUCUCAUGCUAUCUGCUCCUCUCCCAUCUCUGGUCCGCUUAUCAUCCCUUCCCUCCUUUGUACCCUCACUCGCUUUAUUCCCAACUUCCUGCCUCUCUCCCUCCCCCUAAAAGCUCAACUCCCAAUCUUUUGCUGUUUUCUCUCUUAAAAAAAAAGAAGAAAAAAGUCUCAGGUGGCCAAUUUGCAGCGGGCGUUCAGACCUUGACCCUGAGACUCAGCCCCCUCACUGGGGGUGAAGGUCAGCGCUAGAUUAGAGGCGGGAGGAGCAGUGAGGAAUAAUCACGAGACUGUUAAAUAGAACCACAGGCCCUGCUGUUGCCAUUAGGAAGAGAGGAGGGGAAGGGUGACGUGUGGAGCAGGGGGGGGCUCCUUCACCUAAACGCAUGCAGAUGUUCAAACUCUCGCUCCAUCCACAGUACAUGCAGUCCUUUUGUUUUUCGAGCAUCUGUCUGGUUUUUAUUUGCCACGGGCCUCCGGAUUUGAUUUCAAAGCAGCGAGGGGCUGAGCAUGACGUCAAAAGGGAAUUUCCACAUGGCCAUUCGAAGGAGGGCGCAGACCGACACUGCCCCCUAGAGGUGGCCCUCCCUCCAGAGAAAGCUGAGGGCUGCCAGAACUACCUGCAGUAUCUUCACGCACAGGACAGAGAGCGGGAAAUCAAAGUUUCAGGGAAGAAACGCAUCAGUCUGGAUGACUUGGAGUGUGACGUUUCAGUGGAGGACGACAACCGUCAGGAGUGGAUCUUCACGCUUUACGACUUUGACAACAGUGGCAAAGUGACAAAGGAGGAUAUGUCCAGCCUGAUGCACACCAUCUAUGAUGUAGUGGACGCCUCUGUCAAUCAUUCCUGCAAUAACAAAAGCAAGACGCUACGUGUCAAGCUGACUGUCACACCCGAGCCUCGGUGCCAUAAAAAAGAAACAGGCACGGAUCGCUGCCACCAAGAAUCUGACAAACGCAUGUCCGCCUCCAUCAGCAAGGGACAAAACAAUGAAGCACCAACCACUGAAGGCCAGCAUUACUGUGUGGAUGAGAACACAGAGAGGAGGAAUCACUACCUGGACCUGGCUGGUAUCGAGAACUAUACCUCCAGGUUUGAGGGAACAACAAGCCCCACGUUCCCUCCCCAGGAAAGCCACGUUCGAAGCUCCCAGAGCCAGAGUCGCUCUCGGUCCCACGAGCCGGAAGCCCCGAUCGUUCACCAGCGGCGCUCUCAGGUCAUCAGCGACAGUUACAACCCGGCAGAGUUUCGGGGCAAAGGAGCACAGUUCCUGAAGUCACCCAAGGGCACCAACAGAGGAGGGAACAGCGGCGGAAAAUCCACUAAAUGUCACGGCCACCACCCUCCUCUGCAUAGUGGCAGCGCCGCCGCCCACGGGGGCCAGGAUGUGUACCACUUACCACACCAGGGCCACCACCAGCACCCGCUACAGUACAGUCACAGCAAACGCAUGAGGGCCAAAGCUAGGGAGGCGCUGUCUCCGAGCAAAACGCCUCUCUCCCCGCAUCCUCACCCCCAACAGCAGCAGCCAGGUCUGGAGAGGGAGCAGGUGUCCGCCCCUCCUGGGAGCCCAGGCUUUGUGGUUCCUGUGGUGCAGCGCCAUGAGCACCACCACCACCAUGAACACCACCAUCAUCACCACUACCACCAUUACCACCAGACAUGACCGCCUACGCUCACGUCGGGCGAUCAGGACCAAGCACAACUCCCAGUCGCGGAUCUUUUGUUCUCUCACAAGCUAUACAGAAAUAUCCUGACUUUUAUAGAGGAGUUUUUUAUCGUGACACUCUGCCAUCGUGGACUUAAAGUUAUUGUCAACACCGAUGAUGUGUGGCGUCGUUUAGAUUUUUUUGUUUGUCAAAUCUUUGCUGGGACUGCUGCCCCCAUUUUUCAGAAACAGGGACAACACAACAGAAAGCCAAAAGAGGGGAAAACUAACACACCUUUCUCCUCUCCUGAUGCUGUUGCGGUGCCCUGGAAGCUAUUUGUCACAUGGAUCUCAGGUGUAAAGGUGCUGCUUUAUCACAGAGGCCUCUUUGUCUGUGGAGGGUUAUAUUUUUGAAUAUACGGGGUAAAGAGAGAGGGAGGAUAAUGAAAUCACCACUGCCAGUUUUUAUGCAAAAAUAUCCUGCUAUAUGUAUAAAAAAAUAUAUAAAUAUAAACACAUUUUACUGUAUUAUUAUAAUACUGUAUAUGUCAUCAUGAAUAUAAUAAUGCAUAUAUGUAUUUUGUCUUUUAUAUAUUAUAAUA